AUAUAACACCCGAGGCGCAGGUUGCGAUACAUGAAAUAAACGAAAUCUAUCUGCCUUUGGAAAGUUACCGCCAGACGUCAACCGCGCAUACUGCGACCGCGCCUAUUUCUCAGCUCGCCAUCUCUGGCGCAUCUGUCAAAAGUCGAGACGCACCGAAUACGGCUCUAGUCAACCGCAUAGCUUAGCGUCCGGCACCAUGGCAUUAUCUGAAAGGCUGAACCUCAAUCCAGACAAUGUCCCCAACAUCAAGUUGGGCCUCCAUGCCGCCCAAGUCGUGCUGGCUUUAGUAAUAUUCAUCCUCGAGAUCAUCGUCUUUAGGGCUGAAGACUCGAAGCUCAAUGGUAACAACGGGUGGCCAUUUGGACUGUGUUUUCUGUCCAUUCCCGCAUGGGUAUAUCUAGCGUUGGCGCCCAGGUAUGAACGGACACGAAGAGCAGCAAACGCGAAUGUCAUGCUUGUGGUAGACGCGAUUUUUACUAUCUUCUGGCUGUCAGCAUUUGCCAGCCAAGCUGCAUACAACACCGCCAACUCAUGUGGGAAAGCUUGCAAGGUUAGCAAGGCCGUAGUUGGUAUCGCCUUUUUCGAGACUUUCGCCUGGAUUUUAUCUACCCUGGUCAGCACGUACACAUUGCGGUAUUACCAACAGAACGGCGAUCUACCCGGUUAUGAAAAGAUGGGUAGUCAUCAGAAUAUUGAUCCGGACAAAGCUGCGUUUUCCAUGGCACCACACGACGAGGAGGCAUACGCGCCAAUCAACAUGGAUGACCAUCAUGACGACCACGAUGAUCAUUCCAGCCGGCCCUACGAUCCUGAUGCGUUCGGCUCCCUUGGCUCACGUCCCAACUAUGAGACCGAAACGUCGUAUACGCCGCACCACACCUCAUCUCCAGCACCACAUGAGAAUCCAUUUGAUAAUAGCUACCGAACUCACGGCUCAGUCUCACCGCAUCCUGACCCGUUCUCUAACGCCUAUGCCACCCAUACCGGACCCCAAAUAUACGCUCCUCCCGCCGCUGACGACUACGAUGAUGGACGUCCUGUCCAAUUCCCUACGGCAAACUACGACAGAACUUUGCAUUAAGCUCUUGAUUUGAUCGAGGAUGUUUAGCGCUUUUGACUAAAACACGGGCGGCUGGUCCAACUGUAUGCAUAUACAUGCUUGGUGUUUGAUGAGUCGGGAUAGGCGAGGAUAGCUAUUGGGUGUCUAAUUUUGUGUAUUGAUUGUCAUCGGUAUCGGCUGGUGUUCCGGAUGUGUUGCUCCUUAUGACUCGGAAGAUACCAGAGGAGUCUCGUCCCCUUUAUAUGGGAAGAUCGGCAUUUGCACCACGGGGUAUAUCGACUCAGACACUUUAUGAAUCACGACUUGUGGGACCCGGUCAGUGCGCACAAGGAUAUUAGAGACUGAAUGAAGUCAGUCACAUCGUGUGUGCGAAGAGCACAAAUACGACCAAUAAGAUGUAGAAUAGUAUCUGUGGCUCGCUGAACUUGGAUUGUUUGAAUUUGAAAAAAAGAAGCCUCUUUGAACGCCCCGACGCCCACCCAAUGCGUUAAACUCGAAUGAUGCCCCUUUACUAGUGCGCGU